AUGGAGUGCGGACCAAGGAUAGAGGAUGGUUCAACUCGUGUCGAUGGCACCGAAUUAAACAAGGUGAACUGUUUCAAGUACCUUGGAUCCAAAGUGAAUUCCACAGGCGACAUUGAUCAAGAAGGUCGAGCACGUGUUAAUGCGGCAUGGAUGAAAUGGAAAAUGGACGGUUGUGCGUCCUGUUGCCCUUUACGGAUGCGAGUGCUGGCCGACGACGAAAGCCUUGGAAAGAGUGUUACACGCUAUGGAGAUGCGGAUGUUAAGGUGGACGAUAGGUGUAACGCUAAAAGAGAAAGUAUCCAACGACACUGUGCGCUCCAUCUUCGGCGUCGUCCCGAUAACUGA